AUGACUUUUGCAUCGUUUCUGAUCAAUCUCUACUCGCAUGUGCCACGCCUGAAUUUCCAAUUUCACUGGACUAAAGACAUAUUUAAUUUCGACUGGAGCAGCGAAUAUUUUCAGGCGCUGGCAUUAGUAGCCUGCUUGGGAGCCGCCGUCAGCCUUCUUCUUCUUGUCACCAUUAUAAUUGUCUGGAUAUGUCAAGCGUGCCGAAAGAAUGAGACGACCGGAAAAACCAGACGCCUCGUGCGACGAUUGUCUACAGUUCUCUUCAUUAUAUCCGUUCUAUGCUUUUUCAUGCUUGGAAUAUGCCUCUUUGCCAAUGAACAUGUUAAUAGGGGAGUUACGAUUUCAAUCGACUCGGUGACCAACACUAAAAAAUCAUAUCAAAUUUCGAUGACACAAAUAUCUCUAUUCCAAGAGGCCGCUUUGAACGCCACGGUCAAUCUCGAAACACUCGAAGACACGGUUCACUUGGAAAGCAAGAAGACGAAAAACGCAACGAUCGUGCAGCAAAUCGACCAAAUCCUUACGAACAUCACUGAUGAAAUCGACAUCAUCGCAAAGAAUGGGAAGCUGUUCCAAGCGAAACACGAUGAUGACAUUGGAACUUUGGAGAAUAUUCGAAAGUUCCUGUCGCUGUAUGAGAGUGAGAGAUGGGCAUUCCUGGUACUCUUUCUAUCCAUUACAAUGUGCAUCAUGUUUGCUGGUGUCGUCUCUUUCUGCAAGCAAUCCAAGCAAGGAGCCGUUGUAUUCAGUUCUGUUGGAUUCUUCAUAUUCGUUGUCACCUGGCUACUCAUCUCGGUUUCACUACCUCUCACUAUUGCUCUAACGGAUUUCUGUCGCGACGGCGACCAAGUGACGCGGAAGAACCUUGGCAACAUGUACGAGACUGUCCAGUUUUACAACACAUGCGUUCCGUUCACUACUCACGACAAUCUUCCGCUUCCGAUAGCUAGCCACGUGGCACUAUUGAAUAAUAUCCCUGCAAGCAAGUCACAACUGGAUCGUUUAAUGGAAGUCGCAUUUAAUAGCAGUGCUGCGAUAACCAAUUCAUCAUCUGCUGUUGGAAACGAUAUAACGAAACUAUUGAAAUUGGCAGGAGGUGUUUCUUCAUCUUCCUCUUGCUAUGUUUUCCACGACAAUGUUGUUAAUUUCUAUUACGGAAUUUGUAACCAAUCUGUAGCUGGAAUGAAUAUCUACAUGAUGAGCAUUUUCACUCUUGGACUACUUCUGUUUGUGCUUCUCAUCGUGGUUUCCAAAACGUGGAAACUAUUCUCCAGACUACCACACGAGUAUGUUGAAGUUGACGAAGACGAUCCAUUCUUCCCGCGUGGUUUGAACGACGCAAAUAUACCAGUAGACAUCUAUGGUACUCAUGUCAUGAACCCAAGAACAAGAGAUCGAACGGAACCCUCAACGAAUACAACAUCUGGAACAGCAGAUGAAGCAACUGCUCCACUCUGGAGUCAAAAUCUGACGUCCUCCUUGGUCAAUAACAGCAUGUCCCGCCAACCGUUCAUGUCGGACCAUCAAUACAACAAUUACGAGGAUCGAUACAACAUGUAA